UGCGCGGAGCCGCCGCACGCGAGCCCGGAGGGGCCGGGGCUGCCGCAGCGCCCGCGCCGGUCCCGCACCGCCCGCGCCGGUCCCGCACCGCCCGCACGGCUCCCGCCGCCCCCGCCGGGAGCCCCUGACCCACCAUGACGUUCAAGCAAGCAUCAAUGAUGGCCCCGGAGGCCACGGCCACCACGAUGCCCAUGGCCACAAUGGAGAACUCCACGGAGGCCGCGGGGCCGGGCGAGAGCAAUGGGGACAUGUUCACCCAGCUGAAGGACAAGUUCAUGAAUGAGCUUAACAAGAUCCCCUUGCCCCCCUGGGCCCUCAUCGCUAUCGCGGUGGUAGCUGGACUCCUCAUCCUCACCUGCUGCUUCUGCAUCUGCAAGAAGUGCUGCUGCAAGAAGAAGAAGAACAAGAAGGAGAAGGGUAAAGGCAUGAAGAACGCCAUGAACAUGAAGGACAUGAAGUCAGGCAACCAGGGUCAACAGGACGACGAUGAUGCGGAGAUGGGUCUGACAGAGGGGGAAGGCGAGGAGGAGGAGAAGGAGCCGGAGAACCUGGGCAAGCUGCAGUUCUCUCUGGACUAUGAUUUCCAGGCAAACCAGCUGACAGUGGGGAUCCUCCAAGCUGCCGAACUGCCAGCUUUGGACAUGGGUGGCACCUCAGACCCGUACGUCAAGGUGUUUCUGCUCCCUGACAAGAAGAAGAAGUAUGAGACCAAGGUGCAGAAGAAGACACUCAACCCUGCCUUCAACGAGACCUUCACCUUCAAGGUCCCCUACCAGGAACUGGGUGGGAAGACGCUGGUCAUGGCCAUCUACGACUUCGAUCGCUUCUCCAAGCAUGACAUCAUCGGCGAGGUGAAGGUGCCCAUGAACACGGUGGACCUGGGCCAGCCCAUCGAGGAGUGGCGGGACCUGCAGAGUGGCGAGAAGGAGGAGCCAGAGAAGCUAGGAGAUAUCUGCAUCUCCCUCCGGUACGUGCCCACAGCUGGGAAACUCACUGUCUGCAUCCUGGAGGCCAAGAACCUGAAGAAGAUGGAUGUCGGCGGUCUCUCAGAUCCCUACGUGAAGAUCCACCUGCUACAGAAUGGCAAGAGGUUGAAGAAGAAGAAGACCACAGUCAAGAAAAAGACCCUGAACCCCUACUUCAACGAGUCCUUCAGCUUCGAGAUCCCCUUUGAGCAGAUACAGAAAGUGCAGGUGGUCAUCACGGUGCUGGACUAUGACAAGCUGGGGAAGAACGAAGCCAUUGGCAAGAUCUUCACGGGCUGCAACUCCACCGGCACGGAGCUGCGGCACUGGUCCGACAUGCUGGCCAACCCCCGGCGGCCCAUUGCCCAGUGGCACUCGCUGAAGCCAGAGGAAGAAGUAGAUGCAGCUCUUGGGAAAAACAAAUAGGAAGAUCUGCCGGCCAGCACAGCACGGCACUGCUGACAGUCGAAGCGACCCAGAGCUACUGAUACCUCAGUUACGCAACCUUUGGUUUUUUUGUUCUGUUUUAAGCUGAAAUACCCUUUGAUGGCUGUGGAAGGGUUUCCAGACAGUCCCAAUAGCUUCCAGGGGAAGAGGUUAAAGACACGGAUGGUUCUUUUCAUUCUUCAGCAUCGCUCCCCUCUGCUGCAUGUCCCAUUGUCUCUGCCCGCCAUCACUUCCAGGUGCAAAGCCACCACCACGCCUGGGACCUUCCCCGGCGGCCGCGUCACCAGCCCGCAGCAUCGCUGCUGCCGUCCUUCCUUUGGGUUCACGUGGGGAACCGUCGAACAUUGCAUGGAGGCGAUGCGGAGCCUGGUAGAGCGAGAUGACCAGACCCACUGUGCUUGCCUGGGGCAGGAACAGCUGUGUGGACAUCGAAACGGUGGAGAAGACCCUCUGCAGGAGACCCAGGUGCCUCCCGCUCCUGCUCUGCCCCCCACGGUGAGAGCUGUGGUUGCGGGCUGAGGACGGCCGCGCGUCCCCGGCCAGCUCCAGGUUUGGCUUCUCCUGGGGAGAGGUUUGCAAGGACGGCAGGGCCCCGCUGCGGCUGGCGUGGCAGUGGGGUGCUGAGCCCUUGGCAUUGCAGCCAGAGCCGUGGGGACCAGUCUGAGAAUGGGGAGCCCUGGGGGGGUCUGCUCUGAGGAGGCACGCGGUGGGAGGUGCAGGCAAUGGCAGCGCAGUGCGGACCACCACCACCUCUGCCGGGCGGCUGUCGUGUCCCCAGAGGCCAGGCGAAGACAGCGCGGGGUGGUUUGCUUGUGUGCCCCACCAUGCUUGGUUGAAACCUGUAAAUCAAAAUGCUUCCACAAGGCAGGUUUACGCUGAGAGGUCUCCAGAUGUGAGGGGGGCAGCCCCGGAGAGCAGCGCCAGGUGCCUCCCCAAAGGCCAUCGCGUGUCCCCAGGGCUGAGCUGUGCCAUGGGCACACCAGCACAGCCUUGGGGCAGCUGGGGGACUAUGGGGAGCUCCAGCCCCACCGCCGCAUUGCACCGCUGUGAUGCUGGUGGGGAGGGCAAGGGCGAGCCCAUGGCCAACAAGGGACCAAAGCCCCUGACCCCUGCGCGCUGCUGCUCCCCACCGGGCCACUGGCUGCUGAAUCCACCCCAUCCUGCUCCCCUCAGGGGUAUAAGCCAUAUCCAUGUCCCUGACAGUGGGCAAGAGCUUCUCCGGGCCACUCCUCCCACUGUGGGACGAGCCAGCACCAUGUCCCUGAGCUGGAAAGCCCAUGUUGUUCCUUGCAGCUGGGAGAGGGUCCGGCAGCCCUGCCCAGUUCAGCCCAGUCUGUACUGGAGCACUGACGUCCCCGUCCUGGCUCCGGCUCCCCCGCAGCCUCAUGCUCCCUGCUCCGCUUUGCUUUCCUGGACUCGGUUUUGGUGGGUUUUGGCAGUUACGCAGCGAAGGGUGUCGCACCUUCGGCGAGGGGGGCUUGCGGUGGAGAAGCAGAGCUCUGGGGUGCAGCGGGGACGCCGCGGGCAUCGGGAUGCAGCUCUGGGGGUCCAACGCCUGGGCUGGGACUGUGGUACAGGCCGUCCCGAGCCUGGGGACAAAGUGCCAAAAGUGAGCUCGCGCCGGUGCCGUUGGGUGCUUCAGCAGCUCCCCGUGGGCCCUGCUUCCCAAAGGGCAUCCAGCCCCGGCUGGAGGUGGGGAGACAAUGGGAAACUGGGUGGCAGCCACAGCUCAGGGGGUUCGGGUCGGACAUGUGGCCAAGCCCCUUCCCCUGGAGGGACGUGCAGCCCUGGGACAGGUCCCCAGGGAGGGACGUCUCCGUCCUUGGGGGAGGUUUGGGGUUCGGAUAGCCAAGCUGCAGUAUGGUGGUGGGGGAGGUUGGACGGGAGACCUCCAAAGACCACUUCCACCCCCACCUCGGCUGUGCUUGGCCCAUGCCCCGGGGCCCAGCACGGCUGCUGGAGCUGCGGCUUGGCCAGGCUGGGCCAAGGUGCCUCCAGGGCCGCGCCAGGCUACGGGGGCUUCGUGGGUCCCGCAGGGCCAUCUCCGGCUUUAAUUAGUCCCUUUUCCUAAUGGAUAUGUCAGUGUCAGCAAACGAGGUCCUGCCCUGCUCGUGUCACCAAAGGGAGAAGAAACCUUGGGGUGCUUUUCAUUAACGGGGAGCUGGGGGUGGGCGAUGCCCCCCGGCCGGGGGCACAGGCAGGACUUGGUCACUUGAAUCAGUCUCAUUUCAGAGUCCGCCCGGGCACUGGGGGGGAGCAUUUGCCUUAUGUGGAAAUGGGUUAAAAAAGAAGGAACUGAAAAGAACACUAAAAUCUUCCUGUUGGCAGUCCGCAAGCGUGCACGGCCCCGCAGCUGUCCUUGGGAAGCAGGCGGAGUUGUGCACGCACGCCUGUACACAUACGCACACCCACAUGUGCACCACCCCCCCCCCACAUGCACCCCGCCCUCCCCGCACCCCCUGACCCGCCGCAUCGCCCAGGGUCUCACCCAGGAGCAGAGAUCCCACCCAGCUGUUCCAUUCGGACUCUUUAAGCCUCUGGGGGGGGGAGGAAACUGUGACUUUAAUACAUAAUUUAAUUUUUUUUAAUAAAAAAGGAAAAAAUAACCAAUAUAUUAAAGCCAUCUGCGCUGCCUCUGACCCCCCCCCCCCCCCAGUUGUGUGUAGUUAAAACUAUAUGGAGACAUAGCUGUAUAUACCAUGAGCAGUGCAUGAGAUGCAGCCACGUAGCAGUAGCAGCAUGGUUAAAGCCGAGCGCGGCACUGCACGCUCUGUCCCACCGCUCGCCGCCGCCGGCACCUCCGUCCCGACCACGUUUCUCCAGCGAGGCAGAGACGGUGACGAACAAAACUCGUUGCUCGAGUGCUCUCCACUGCCCUGAUUAUUUUCCCCCAAAUUAAAAAAAAAUUAAAAAAAAAACAUGUAAAAGAAGAACAUAAUGCCAAGAAGCAAAGCAUGCCAAGGCAGUCCCGCCAGCGGAGGGUGAGCCGUCGCCGACGCAGCCAUGACUUCCACGUGUGUCUUGUUCCUGUGUCUUGUCGCAUUUAUACCAUGGCUGGGUAGCGGCAACAUCGUGGCUUCGGUGUCCUGUGUCGCGUUGGUGCGUUUCACCGUCAGAGCAACUUUAGAAGCCAUAUUAGACCACGGUGUGCCGGGACCCCAUGGGGAUGGGCCCACAGGUGAGCUGUGACCCCCCCUUCCCCCCGUGUGUCCACUGUUCCCCCUGGUUUCGCGGGGCUCGGCGGCGGAGCCAGGCUGAGCCACGUCGGCCACCGCCUCGGUGGCCAUGGAUGCCACCGUUGCACCGGGUGGGGGGAUGGGGCAGCGCUGGGACAGACGCUGGGGCUGACCUGCCGGUGGCAUUUCUGCAAUGGAAAGGCUGGGACGCGGCAAAGAUCUGAUGCCGAAAAGGCUUUUUGGAGAAAUUUGGGUUAUUUCUGCUGUGUCCGGUCAGGUGGUUUCUGUUUUGGGGACGAGAGCUGGCUUCCCCCCCCGCCCAGCUGCACCGUGGUGCAAACCCAGCCAUGCCACGGAGAUGCUCAGCUUCAGCCUCCUGGGGUUAAAAGGAAGCGAAUCCGCAAGGCUUGGCAACAAGCUUGGCUUGCUUUUUCUUUUUUCCCCCAAACCUGGGAGGGAGGAGCAGCUCCUCUGGGAGGCCCAGGCUCAGAGGGUUCCCGGAACAAAGGACCCGGGUGCCGGCCCCGCUCUGCCCCAUCCUGGCCCCCGCAGCGCUCGGCUCCGGCGGGAAGCUGCUUUUAAAGCCCCUUCCUCUCGUGUGGACUCUGUCGUUUCCGUCUCUUAUCGUUAAAUGGUUAUUUUGUAAAGAUAUCUGUCUCCUUAUUAAAGAAACGAGCUGAAAGGAG